CCAUUGAAUUCACUUUCACUUCUCAAAUCACAAAAGCCUCUCUCUUUUUCUCUUUUAUCUCUCACCCCACCCCAUAUAUACCCACAACAAACCUUAAAAACUGAAAUAUUUAAUUAAAAAGGGAAACAAAUAUGUCAAAUAUAAUGAGGUGUAAUGGAAAUGAAGAGGGUGCAGAGCAGAGGAAAGGACCUUGGACGCUUGAAGAAGACACUCUUCUCACCAAUUACAUUUCCCAUAACGGUGAAGGCCGAUGGAACCUGCUCGCUAAAUCUUCUGGUACAAAAAAAAAAAAAAGGGCUAAAGAGAANCGAUGGUUGAAUUACCUUAAACCCGACAUAAAGCGUGGGAAUCUCACUCCUCAAGAACAACUCUUAAUCCUCGAGCUCCACUCUAAAUGGGGUAAUAGGUGGUCGAAAAUUGCGAAGUAUUUACCCGGAAGAACAGACAACGAUAUAAAAAACUAUUGGAGAACAAGAGUUCAGAAACAAGCACGCCAGCUCAACAUCGAUUCCAAUAGCCACAAGUUCUUGGAAGUUGUCCGUAGCUUUUGGGUUCCAAGAUUGAUCCACAAGAUGAAAGAUAAUUCAAACACCAACACUAAAGCUACUCCUCCUGAUUUACUUGGACCGGUUUUACAAGACAACAAUUUCUCUCCAGACUAUUCCAACAUGGAUUUUUCCACUUCUAUGUCGGUAGAUCUCAAGAAAAUUUCACAAUUCAUGGAGUCGUCUGAUAUUGAAACCACAUGUUCAUUCUACUUGGACGGAUCACGAGGGAGUAGUAGUAGUCAAUGUGUGAGUGAAGAUUACAGCUCCUUCCCUUGCCUAGAGGAGGAGUACAUGGUGGCCACAAUGGGCAAUUCAGACAUUUCAGCAUUGCAAGAUUGUCACGUGGCUGAUUCUACGUACGAGGAUGAUGUGACACAAGAUCCAAUGUGGAACAUGGAUGACAUUUGGCAGUUUAAGGAGUACGCACACUUUAAUUAAGUCGUAGAGCCCACACAUCCUGGUGUAUGUUCUUUACAAGCUAGAUACAACUUAGAGGAGUUUAUAUUUGCUUCUCUUAGCUAUAUUUUAUUUGUUUUGGAUUGAUAUUAUGUGUUCGUAUAUUCUGAAUUGAUAUGAUGUGUUCGCAUA